CUUCUGAGCACCCCAAUCUCUUCAUCGGGGUAUUACAUCAGCGCAGCCUCUCCUGUCAUGUGAAGCUGUGUUGUCUCUUUGAGUUGAAGUCUUGGACAAGAAUGCCCACAGUCCAUAAACAAAUGUUGCUUCAUUUUGGGGAAUUCUUGUGUGCCAGUGCUAAGAGUGGGAAUGCCUGAGAACGAGUAAACGAGUGUGCGGCUCCCCGAGACAAGGACGGCGUGCAGGAUUAUGUUGGCUGCGGCGAUCGCGGCAGCGCUGAUCUAUUUCACGGUGCAGGGCUCCGGGGCCCUGGCCCUCGGCACGGCAUGUUGGGAUGAACGUCUAUCGCGAGCCGGGAGGAACAGCAGCUGUGUGGCCUCACAGCCAUUCCUGAUAUUUGGCCAUGGGAGAGCUAUUCAUCGGAUGGAUCUCGAUGGGAGGAACCAGAGAAGGCUCGUGGCAGGAGUGGGAAGCUCAAUCCUGCUUGACUUUCAUUUCAGAGAGGAGACAGUUUACUGGGCCGACAAACACACGGGGGUCAUCUACAGGGCGUCAGUGAGAGGAGCAAACAGACAGAAGCUGUACUCAUCUGACAAACAUAUCUCGGGCCUUGCAGUGGACUGGAUUUGGAACUGUGUAUAUUGGACAAGUGGAGAAAAGGGAAAAAUCAAGACAAUGGAUAUGAAUGGGAAAAACGAAAAGACUCUUUUGAGGCACUUGCGCCAACCAAAUUCUAUAAACGUUGACCCCAACAACAGGUUUCUAUUUUGGCUGUCUGGCGGGAUGAGCCCUAGUAUCCAGCGGUCUGACGUGACAGGACAGAUGAAAACUACACUUAUAAAGAUAGCAGAGCACCUGGGCGCCCUGUCAGUUGACCGAGAGGACAAAAGACUGUUCUGGGUCCAGUUUGGUCCACAGGGAGAAAGUGCCAUUGCCUCUUGUGAUUACAACGGCAACGGCCUGCACAUCAUAGACCGGCCCCUUUGGUCUCAGUCACUGGGGAUAUCAGUCUUUCUGGAGCACUUGUACUACACCGAUGCAUCGUCUCGGGUGAUAAAACAAGUGAACAAGUACACUGGUGGAGAGCCACUGGAUGUUAACAUAAAACAAAUGGCCAAACCGCCAGUUAGCAUCAAGGUGGUGCAUCCCCUCAACCAGCCAAGGGACGACUCCCAAUCAUCUCCUCCAGGUUGUGACGAACAGAGUGGAAAUUGCGUGACUGUGUGUUCCAGUCUAGCCGAGCAAGGGACGUGCCAGUGCACUGAAGGCUUUGCUCUCAGUAAGCAAGGCUCUUAUUGUGAAGAUGUGAAUGAAUGUGCACAUUGGAACCACGGCUGCUCUCUUGGUUGUGAAAACAUCCCGGGCUCCUAUUUCUGUACCUGCCCAAAAGGAUAUGCGCUCCUACCCGACAGGAAGACAUGUGGAGAAAUCACACCGUGUGAAGGCAAUAUGACAAAGAAGUGUGGUGAGGGAUGUCUGACAGCAGAUGGGGUGGCUGUCUGUGUGUGUCCUGAAGGAUCUUCACUCCAGGAGGAUGGACAAGCCUGUACCGGCUGCUUGUCCGCAGACAGGGGCGGUUGCAGCCAGCUCUGUACCCCCGUCAGCCCGAGUGGGUGGCAGUGUGGCUGUCUGCCUGGCUACCAGCUGCGGCGAGAUGGCGAGCGCUGCGUUGCCUCUGGGCCGCCGCCGUACCUACUAGUGGCCAAUCUGGUGGAUGUACGUCAAAUUCACCCCGAAGGCGCUGGGGAUGGAACCCUGGUGGAGGAUCCCAGAGGAGCUUUCAUCGCUUUGGACUACGACCCGGUCCAGAAAAAUGUGUACUUUGCGAGCGUCAGUCAGAAGAGAAUUGAGCGGGUGGAUCUGAACGGCGGGUCCAGAGAGGUCCUCGUCUCCGACGGUCUGGACUCUCCAGAGGGUCUUGCGAUUGACUGGAUCCACCGCAGGAUGUACUGGACGGAUAAAGGCCAGUCAACCGUCGACUGCAGCACCUUAAACGGGCAAAACAGACAAACUAUUGUGAGCAAAGGGCUGGAGAAACCAAGAGGAAUCGCAGUUCAUCCUUUGGCAAAGAGGUUGUUCUGGACUGACAUCGGGGCCCAUCCUGUCGUGGAAAGUGCCUCUUUGGAGGGGGAAGGCCGCGCCGUCAUUGCCAGUUCCCACCUCGUGUCGCCGAGCGGCCUGACCAUCGAUUUCACCGAGGACCGUCUGUUCUGGUGCGAUCAGAGGAGGGGCCUGGUGGAGACCGCUGCUCUGGAUGGUUCGGACCGACAGGUCCUGUUUGAGAACCAAGUAGGUCGACCUUUUGACCUUGCGGUGUUUGAGGACAGGUUGUGGAUAUCGGACCGGGAGCCCAACCAGCUGAGGAGCGUGCACAAGCGGACGGGGAAGAAGCUGCAACGUAUCCACGGCAACAUGGUCCAACCGGCGUCCAUUGUGGUGGUUCAUCCUCUCGCUAAACCAGGGGCCGACGUCUGCCUCCACCUGAAUGGAGGCUGUGCCCAGGUGUGUGAAAGCGAACUGGGAUUGGCCCGAUGCUCCUGUCUCCCACGCUACGUCCUGUCGCCCGACGGAAGGAGCUGCUCGCCCGGCUCCGCGUGGAGCAGAUCAGCAGGUUCUGGAGACAGUCCACAAACCACCGAUGCAUCGGCCACUAAAAACAAAAGUCCCCCCACCGCACCCGGGCUGUCAGCUGACGAGGCGGAGCCGGCUCUGAAGUCGGAGGAGUCGACCCCCUUCACGGACGCCAUGGUGUCAGACCAGAACGAGUGCCACCCGCUCGGCUGCGAUGCGAACGCACGGUGCCUGCUGCGGGCCGGCAGCCCCACCUGUGUGUGUCCAGAGGGUUUCACAGGUGAUGGACGGCUGUGUGUGGACAUUGAUGAGUGUUCGCUGGGAACGCACACGUGUGACAACAACGCAGAAUGCCAGAAUGCCUUGGGGACGCACCUCUGCAAGUGCCGGGCUGGUUACCAGGGCAACGGGAAGACAUGUCAAGAGUUGGAGGCCACAUCGCCGGGGGGGGGGACCAGUAGGCCCGCUGACGUGUCCACCCGGCACCACGAUGGAAACUCGGCACAGAGCUGCCCGUCCUCCCACGAGUCCUACUGUCUGUACCAGGGGGUCUGCUUCUACUACCCUGAAAUGGAGUCAUACGCUUGCAACUGUGUUUUGGGCUACAUGGGGGAACGCUGUCAGUUCAGUGACCUGCAGUGGGGGGAGCUCCAGCAGGCUGAGGAGGAGAAGAGGAGGAACGUGGUCAUCGCGGCCUGCAUGGCGGCCCUCGUUUCCCUGCUCUCCAUCGCUGCCUGUGUCACCUACUGUUACGGGAGCAGAACAUUCUUCCACAAACAGCCCUCUGUGGACAAUGUGAGCGAGACCAGCGUGACAGAUGAGAGCAUGUCGGAGCCCCCCGCUGCAUUGGACACGGGCUGUCCCAGGAGAGAUGUCUGCCCGUCCUGCUCUUCAGAAUCAGGCGACAACCAUGUGAACGAAGAGUCGGGAACAUUGUCCAAACACAACAGAGGGUACGAGUGCUCCAUGGCGUCGGCCGUUGCCGUGGAGACCACGCAGCCCGCCGCCCAUGGCUCGAGCCCGCCUCUGUCGAGCUCACACGGUUGGACGUCUUUCAGGCCUGAGGUGCUGUCUCCCGGCCUGGAGUCCCUCGCCUCCUAGUUCACCACAGAUGCACACACACACACACACACACGCACACACACACACACUGGAACAUCUGGCUGGUGUGCAAACUGCUGAAUCCAGUUUCAUUCCACCGUCACAUACCUCACAAAUUAAAUAAUCGGGCCGUCACAACUGUAGUUUACUUUUUAGUCUAAAUUAAUCCAUUUUUUUUACCAAAAAGCACAAAUGUACGUUUGUGCACUAAAGAAAACCGCUGUUGUCCGAAGGUUUUAUCUGUAAAAAACUUUGAGCUCCCAUUAGUUCUGUUAAGAAACCUCAUCCAUGUUUUCCCUAUUUGUAAACUGGACUAAGUUUCAUCCCUAUCUUCAAAUUGUGUGUAUUGCUAAGUUUGUGUGUCUGUUUCUCCGUCAGCUCGUGGAACAAAGUGUGAUGUAAACGAUACAAAGACCUGCCUGAUGCUCAUCAGAGAGCACGACCUCUCUUCUGACCUCACCACUGUCAUAUUGUUUGGCUAAGGAUGAAUAUUUUCAGAUACACAAUCUCCAUUAAUAGCUACUUGAGGAUUGCAGUUCAAUUGAUGAUUGAUAAGAACCUGGAUGGAAGGUGUUUUACAAUUGUAAAAUAUAUUUUCAUUCACCCUGUAUAUAAUUCUUUGGGGAUGUAUUAUUUUUAGCCCACAUGUACUAUGACUGGAAUUAUAAUAGUUGAGAAGAGGCUUCCUUUCAUUUCUAUUAAAACUAUAUUCA